AUGGAUAGCAUCAGUGAAGUCUUACAGAGAGAAAAAGUUGGGAGGUGGUUGCCGAUGCUAAGACGUAUAGGGGGAAAGGGCAGUGGAAUGGAUGUGGACGCCAGGUGUUCAGGUUGUCGCCGACAAAGUUUUGGGAUAGGGGAAGAGGGUGUCGCGGCUGUCGCCAGGGUUUUCCAAUAUCCAAAGGGAGUUCAUAACGUCUUCAAGGUCAAUGGAACUGGCUUUCAGUACUGCACAAAGCCACCAUUGAAGGAAGCUCUAACCACCGGAAAUGACACGAUCGUGCUCGCAACCCCGGGGCGGAAAUGGUACAUCUGUGGUGUUGCUCAGCACUGUGCUCUUGCCGGUCAAAAACUGGCCAUCACUGUGAACUCUAUGGCACCAGCUCCAAGUGUUUAUCCUUCUAUGACCUAUGGCCCUUCUCAAGCCAUGCCUUACUCGAAUAUGGCGAAUGGAAUUAUUGUCAAUAUGUUUCACUCUUUCAUGGUGGUGGUGGUUGCAGUUCUGCUGUCUUUUGGUGUUUAG